AUGAGUUCUGCUAUUCGUAGCCAAGAACAUGAUCUCAAAAAUCAAAUAUCAGCCCUAGUUUCUUCACAAGAAGUGUUUGAAAGAGUAAUUCGCGAAGCUAAACAAACAGCCACAAGAAGAGCACAACAUAUUUUAGACAACACCUAUCCAGAACCACCUGAAUUACCAAAUGUUCAUGUAGAAAGUGAUGAACAAGAUGAAUAUUUACUUAUUUUAGAUUAUUUGAUUACAACCGGUUGUAAAUGGACAGAUACCGUACUUCGCUUUGAAAGUCAGCAUCCAGGAGUAAAAUACGACCGUAAGAAACUCGCAAAGCAAUUUGGUUUGCCUACUUACUGCCGUAAACCUUUAUUAGUCCAAUUAAUAGAGGAACGUAUGCGCCAAUUAGAAGAAGGAGAGGAUUAA